UAAUGUGUUUAACAAAAAUUAUUACAUUUGCUCUAUUUUUUUUAGUGUUGUGGCCGAAUAUCAGUAUUUUGAUAUGGGGUUACGUUGAUAAUGCUCGAUGAAUAUAGAAAAAUAUGCGGGAAUCUCAAACAAUUUAGUUCAAGAAAUAUAAAACAUUGAACGAGUAUGUAAUCAGAAAACAUUAAAAGCAAUAAGAAGAUAACAUUGAUUUGUGAUAGCUAUAUUGGAAAUACAUUUCAUAAGUGAUUGCUUGAGUGAACUUUUUCAAUCAGGCAAAAAACAAGAAAAGUUUUUAACAUGUUUACAAAUUAUUAUCAAAGAUAUCCCGUUUUACGGUAGUUGCAUAUCAUGUUAGUACACCCUUUUUGCGUUUUGCAACGAAUUGUGUGAUUACAUAGUUACAAAGUGAUGCUUGAUAACUGUGAUAUCAACUAUAGAUUUGUUUUUCUUUUAGGGCGAAAAGACCGAAAAGCAAAAGCACCAUCAAAAAUCAGUAUUCCACUAUGGUGGAUCUUCUGGAAGACCAUCCGGAUAUAGCCAGAGGCUUCAGUAGAUCUGAUACAGGAGCAUUCUGGAAAAAUCUAGCUGAAGAUUUAAACAGCCUUGGGGGUCCUGAAAAAGAUCCUGCUGCAUGGAAGAAGGUCUGGUUUGACUGGAAGUCAAACUUGAAGCGGAAGUUGGCUCACAAUCGAAGAGAGCAGCAAGCUACAGGGGGCGGCCCCAACAAGAUAGUAGAAUUGACCUGGCUUGAAGAAAGGGUUGUCGCUCUGACUGGGCUCACUGCAGCCGUAGAUGGCAUAGAGGAUUCUAUUGCGUUUGGGGCUCCUGCUGCGGCGGACGAAAAUAACAGUGGCGUAGCCAAUGGUUCAUUUGUGGGCCAUGAUCCCGUCGACGAAUUAUCAGAAGUUGAACUUCAACAAGAGCCCAUCCGCCGAAGACAACCUGGUCAGCGGAGUUUGAGAUUGCUGGAAACGCAAGUUGAACAGCAGCAAAAUUUCCACCAAGAUUUGUUGGGAGUUUUGAAAAUUCAAGCGAAAAAGCUCGACGAUAUGGCUCACUACAACAAGCAAAUUUCUAAGCGGAUGACGGAAAUCCAAGCAGCUCAAGCCCAACAACUUCAGGAACAACGGCGACACAACCUGGAAAUGGAAAAAAUCCAUCUAGAAAAAUUGAAAACCAAAAAAAAAAUUCUUGCAUUGAAACUUCAGCACAUGCAAAUUUAA